AUCUAAUAGAAAUUCAAUGAUUCUUCGAGAUGGUGAAACAGGGAAAACCAUGUGGCAAGGAGCAGAAGACCUUUCUUUUCCAGGUGUUGAACAUGAAGCUCGUGUUCCAAAGAAAAUCUUGAAGUGUAAAUCUGUGUCCAGAGAGAUAAAUUUUGCAUCUGAAGAAGAGAUGGAGAAUUUCAGACUAGAACAGAAGGUUUACUUUAAAGGACAAUGUUUAGAAGAAUGGUCUUUUGAGUUUGGGUUUGUUAUGCCCAAUUCAGUGAACACAUGGCAGUCCAUGAUAGAAGCUGCUCCAGAGUCUCAGAUGAUGCCUGCUAAUGUUUUAACUGGCAACGUCAUCAUAGAAACCAAGUUCUACGAUGCUGAUCUUCUUGUCAGUACAUCGAGGGUCAGGCUGUUUUAUGUUUGA